AAAUGUCAAAAAUUUGACGUUUCUUCGUUGUUGAAUGACGAAUUAGUUUCAAUUUUUAACUAUAAAUUAGUAUAUAAGAGAAUGAAUUUGUAAAUUCAGUUAGUCAGAUAUAUUAUCAGUUUAAGUCCAGAAAUAAUAAAGAGUUAAUAAUGGAGUUCCCGCAUAUUGGGAAGAAUUGUUCAUAUAAAUCUUGCAACAAAUUGGAUUUCCUGCCAAUGAAAUGUGGGGCUUGCAAGGAGAUAUUUUGCUCUGAACACUUUGGAUAUGUUAAACAUGAGUGUCCAGAGCCAAACACAAGAGAUGUACAAGUGCCUGAUUGUCCGCUAUGUGGAGCUCCGGUCCCUGGUCGACGGGGAGAACCUCCAGAUGUUGCAGUCGGAGCUCAUAUAGACAACCAGUGCAUGUCAGAUCCAGCAAAAGAAAGGCGGAAAAAGGUAUUUACGAACAAAUGUUCAUACAAAGGAUGCAAAACUAAAGAAAUGGUAGCUCUUGUGUGCAGCGAGUGUUCCCUCAACUACUGUUUGAGGCAUAGACACACAACCGACCAUGCUUGUGAAGGGAAAUUAGCUGCUAAAAGAAGACAGGCUGCGGAAGCUGCGAUGGCAAGAAUGAAGGCAAACGGCAACCUUAACCGAAACACUCCUCGGCCUUCUGCAGUGCCAGUUACCACAUUUACAGAUGUACAAGGAAAUAUGACUGAAGACGAAGCAUUAGCACACGCUUUAGCGAUGUCAAUGCGAGAUCAAAGCGAUAUCCAAUCUCGGGACACGAACUUUGCGCGCGCGCUGCUGCGACAAAGAGUAGGCGGAGAACAAAACUCACGAUGCUCCGUCUCUUAGCAUACUAUGCGACCGCGAUAACAUAUGUCAUUUUGUACUAAUAUGGAUGGAUGUUUGUUCAUGAAAUACAGAUUUAGGGCAUAGUCUGGAAGAACACAUAGGCUACUUUUUAUCCC